AUGAAGGACUACUGGGACAAAAUCACGGCCGAAGAGAUGACUCUGAAGAAACGACGUUCUCGAUGGUCGGUCCUGAAGCCUGGAUGGUUGCGUCGUCGAUCCUCUGAUGGGAGUAGGAGCAGCGCCGAUUCUCAGGCAGUCCUGCCACCACCAACUCCAGGAGACUUUGGUCGCGAGAGACGCGCAAGCAGGAUGCCAAAAGUACAAACCAAGUCAUCCAUUGAGAAAAUACAGGCACUGAAAGAAGGAAGCCAGCCAGUGUAUGGAGAAAGCCAGCUGCAGCUGCCGAUGGAAUACCAUAAAGUCACAACGGAAGAGGAUCUUGUGUUUGGGGCUCAUCUGCAUCGGACGGGCGAGCCCUGGUCUUCGAUCAAGGAAGACCAUAGCAGAUCCAGCAGUGUUGUUUCCGCUCCUGUGAACGCCGUCACUGGCUCUGCACCUGCGAUUAAUGCGGAGAUGUUUGACGACACCGGCACUGUGAUCCCACAAUACUAUCAAGAUCCAAACCGCCUUCAACCCGUGAGUGCACUGUUCGAUGAAGCAAACUUACGUGACACCAGCCCAAACAGCGUUCCAGACCCUUGCCCUUUGCAUGCUCUUUCCAUGGCAUGGGAUCAGGGACCGGACUAUGCUGUACCAGAGGUCGAUGUCAACCGAGAAAGAUUCGGUUUUACUCGUUUUACUUCAUCCAUAGGCCAGGAAGAAGCAGUGCUGUCCAUGGAUCUCUCCAGAAGUCCAAACUUGAGAGCGCAGGUGCUAGAUGACUUUCAGUCAGCUUCACUGCCAGCGAGAGAUCUCCCAGAUGCGGAAGAUACCCAGCCCCGAGGCAAUCCAUUCAGCAAUGGUGUUGAAAGCUCCCGGGGCACAGAGGAAAGAGCCUAUGAGCCAAAUGACAGACCUGUGAUUGACGGUGAACGCCAAACUAUCGAUUCGAGCCAGCCAGACUUCAGCACACAGUCACAACCGACAAUGCUAGCAUCCAGAAACUGUUCUGCUGAAGUCAAGAUCGCAUUCCCAGGAGUCUAUCAUGAGUUGCUGGAGCAGUGGAAGACCCGGGAUCAUGAUAUCCUCACGAUUGAGCACAGCCUCGCAGUCAUUUCUCCAAUGAAAGACCAUCCCGACCAAGCCCAAAAUCUCCAGUCACCCCCAAUAAUCGAUGAACUUCCUGCUGUCAAUGAGAACUCGCAUUAUCUCGACACCUACUCCUCAGUAGUCCUCGAAGCCAUGCGCCUUUCCGAGAGCGAAGAUUCAACAGACGUCAGACCCGAGCCCUCUGAACUAGGCGAGAGAGUCCCAUCUCCAUGGCAUCCAUUUGCCCAAAGAAUCCCAGCCAGAAACCGCACCUCGCACUCCUCUGAGCAAGAAACAUUCGGAUAUCUAUUCAGCGAAUCUGAGUAUUCAAGCCACUUCCGCCCAGACGACACCACCUCUGCCGGAGUCACAUCACCAACCUCUGUAUCCAAUAGUCUAUGGUCACCCGUCAAUGACGACGACGACCUCCUCUUCCCCAAUCCCUUCAAAGAUGAAUAUUACCUGGUUGACGGCAAGAUGGGCAGCCACUUCCCGGAUCGAGGCGAUGACAUGCCCGCCAUCAAAGCAGCUUCGAGCAGUGAAGGCACCGUACGCCACGUUCCUUGUCCUCAUCAGCGAAGAUUGAACAAUCGGCCGCGCUCACUGCCGGGGAUCCCGCUGCCACGGACUCUGCAGUUCGGGCAGAUGGAUGGGAGUGACAGUGAUGAAUUUCUUCCGGGGCUUGGUGUGCGGUCAGAAGAGCUUCGUUGA